AUGCCUAUCAAGAAUUUAUCCAAACAGAACAAGGAACAACCCAUUGUAUUUGUGGGUCAUUCUAUAGGAGGUGCUAUAGCGACCCUGGCUACGAUCUGCUUUCUGGAUAAGAGGCUGAAAAAUAUCUAUCCUUUAUGCAUUACAUUUGGCUCUCCUUUGGUGGGAAAUGCUGCUCUUAGAGAAUCAAUUGGUUACCAUGAUUGGUUUGGAAGAUUUUGUCAUGUUGUUUCAAAACAUGAUGUUGUUCCUCGCAUGCUCCUUGCACCAUUUGAAUCAGUUGCAGCGCAUUUGAAUUCGAUAUUGGGCAAUGCCUCAGAUCCUCAAGAAGAUUGCAGGAAACUUCUUGAUAAUUUCAAGCGCCAUGGAGAGUCUAGCCCAUAUAAACCCUUUGGUGCUUAUAUGUUCUGUUCAACCUACGGAGCAGCUUGUAUCGAGGACAGCCAAGCGGCCUUGGAGAUUCUAAUUUUAACUUUGCAAAGCAUAGAAGAAAAUGAUAUUUCCGGUGCAUUGAUUUCAGAACACACAAGUUAUGGUGAUUUGUUGGAACAUGUAAUUGAAAGUGGAUACUCAACAAGAACUUCAAACAUCUCUUCAGCAUCCUCCUUUGAGAUGGGGAUAGCACUGCAAUUAGAAGCCAUGGGUUUUCAGACUCAGAUUAGCUUAGUCCAGACUGCAUUUGAUGCCCUGAAAAAAGCUGCAGAUUUGAAACACAAGCAUGACAUGGAAAUUAAGAAUCUAACUUCAAAGUUGAGCGAGAACCAAAGUAGAAUGGCAAUGUUGGAAUGGUACAUUAAAAUAGCGUGCAAGGGCAUCAGUCGUUGCUCCUACAAUGUUUUCAGAGACCUGGGUGGAAAGGUAGAUUUUAAAGCCAAUGAAAUUAGAGUAUAUCUACAUCCCUUCUGGGAUAAAAUUACUAAUAUGGUGAAGAAUCAUCAAUUGCCCAGUGACUUCCGAAGCAGAGACAAAUGGAUAUAUGCUGGCAAAGCAUACAGAAAACUUGCAGAGCCUCUGGACAUUGCAGACCACUAUCGACAGCAGAGCUAUCUAUCAAUUCAGAACAGGGAAAGCUAUCUAUCGAUUCAGAAGAGGCCGCUCCGUUAUCGGGUUCUGGAAAAAUGGCUGGAUGAUAAAAUGCAAACGCUCCUUGAUAGUGGCCUAAAUGUCAAAAAGGAUCGCACAAUGUUUGCAUCCUUAAUUGAGGACUCUUGUUUCUGGGCUCGUGUAGAAGAAGCUGAUAAAGACUUGACAAAUCUCCAGCAAGAGCAAGAGCAAACAGUCAAUGCCCAUAUCAAGAAAAGCCUCAAAGAUUUUGAAGUUUAUGUGUCGAAGAUGAUCGAGGAGAAAAGUAUUUCCGAGGAGGUUUUCUUUGAAGACAGCGGGUUCAUGAUAUGGUGGGAAAAAUACAAAGAGUUUCAACUGCAAUACUCAGAAGAGUGGGAAUCAAGCUCCCCUUUGCUCAAAUCCAUGGGAGAGGUCAAGAAAUUGGGAGUUCAGAAGACAGGGUUUUGA